AUGGCAACCGUUGCUGGCAUUGCGGUGGCUGCAGUGGCUUUUUUGCUGCUUCUUCUGGUUGGAGGGCUGCUGUUUUGGAGGAGCUACAAGAACGAGAGGGAGGCAGUAGAGGGAGCAGCAAUAGCGGGGGAGGAGGGCGAGGAUGCAGUACAGCAAGUAAAAACAGAUAAACAAGGCCCAACAGGCAGCGUGGCGGCCUCGCACUGCACGGAGUACUCCCUGGAGGAAGUGCUCACAGCCACCAGCAACUGGGCGAGUGACAGCCAGCUGAGGACAACUCCCAUCCAUCCCUUUCCCCUCGCGCAGGUUCGCGAUCAUCGCUCCGCCCUCCCGUCCCUCAUGUCGCCUCCGUCCCGCAUUUCCUCUCGUGUUUCUCUUCCCUCCCGUCCCUCUCGACCUUCUCCGCCGCUCGCCUCAGCCCCACAUUCGCAUCGCUCACUCGAUCCCUCCGCGCACUCCCUCACGUCGCUCGCUCAAACCCACCGCUCACAAAGGUUUGUCACCUCAUCGGUUCCGUCGCUCACACACCCACGUUUGACACACCCGUUCUGCACACUCCCCCGUCGCACACUCACUUCGUCGCUCGAGAACUCCCGUCCCGCAAGGUUUGAUCCUGUCGCUCUCGUUACCCGUUGUGGUCCGUCCAUGUUCGUCACGCGCCCGUCUUCGUCGCUCCCAUUGUUCGCUCACCCCCCUCCCCUCUUCCUCCCUUCUUCCCCUCCAUACCCUGCCAUGCGCCAACUUCUCCGCACCAAUCUCCGCGUGCCUGCUGCGCGUAACGGUGCUGCAGAUCCGGCUGGCGCUGAUGAUCGAGGACCCACGCGAGGCGGUUCGGCGGCCGCAGAUGGGCAUGGCGGGUGCUCUCACUACGAUUCUGCCGACGCCUUCCUAGAGGUGCGGACGAUGGGCGGGGGGGAAGGGAGAUGUGGGGGAGUGGAACGAGAGGUUUCCUGUAGAGUGCUGCAGCCACACGUCCUCCUUCCUAACCUGCCCUUCUUCUCCCCACCAGUGCCUCCCUUCCCUCCGUCUCACUUCGCCUUUUCCCUCGUUUUUCCCCCCGUCCCUCACAGUGCAGCCUGUCUCGUGCCUUCACUCUCAGCCCAUCUCUCCCCGUCCUUUUCUACCCAUAAUCUCAUUUCCGCCUCUGCCAUCUUUUCCUACUCGCCACCCUCCCUUCCCCCCCCUUCCGUAUGCGCUGUUUCUCCCGACUCUCACCCGUGCUGCUCCCACUUACCUCCUCGCCUCGUGUUUAUCACUUCCCCCCUCACACGCCCCUUGUAA